CCUUUCUUUUUGUAUAUAAUUAUUUAUUUAUAUAAUUAUUAUUGCAAUUGUUAUUUUUAAAAAGUAAAAAACUAAAUAGCGCGCGCGUAGCGCGCGCCUGUUGUUCUAGUUGGUAAUAAAAUUCGUGCAGAAGGUCAUUUGGAUUUAAUUUCAGAGCUAAAACUUUUUGUUAACUCGAGAAUAAAAGAAUGAAUAAAAAAACCCUGCAGUUUUUUAAAUUUCAAUAAUCUUUAGUUGACAUUGUAGAACCAAAUCGCCAUUGAAUAUAAAAUCUGUGCAGUAUAAUUUUUAAUAUAAUUUAUAAUCUUUUAACAUGGAUUUUUGAAUUCCACCUCUUAAAACGGCAAGAAAUCAACAAGUGGAUAGUACAAUUUAUUUUUCAAAAAUAUAAAAAUAAAAGGUAAAAGACAAAACAUCAAAUAGCGCGUGCCAAGCGCGCGGCUGUUGUGCAUCCAGUGUUAAAAAAAGCCCGGAUUGUCGGUAUUUGCGAGACAUUGUCGACAAUUGGGCCAUUUAUCCUAUUUUCGAUAACGACCUCGGAUUUGUUUACGCGCGCGGAAUGGCGCGCGCGUCGCGCGGGAUCGUCGCGCGUUAUCAUUCGCCGGCGAUUUGCGAGCGGGCAGCAGCGUCGCUACCGUCGCCGUUUUGUCUCUCUGGAAACGCGAGUAUGGGACUACGUAACGGACAAAGGUUCGAAAACGCGAUUGCUCCCCCGUGGAUAUACCUAAUCAGCAUCGAUCGUGUAAUCGCGUUUGACUCCUGAGAUUAAAGACUCCGGCUCGUUUGGCCAUUCGGAGCGAGAGAGUAAUUGAACGAGAACGAAGAUAGAAUAAUUCUAGUAAUUUUCACGAUGACGUUUCGGAUUGCGUACCGGCGUACGUCGGAUUUUGCGUCGCUCCAAGUUUAAUUUGUACUUCUCGCUCGGGGCGUGAGAGCGUGAAUAAGAGAAUCGAAUGUUCUCGCGCGAUACUAUUGUCAUACAUAUGCGGUGCUUCAAUUGGCCUAUUGGGAAUUGUGUAUUUCGUAAACUCGUGCGAUGGGAACGUAUGUAUGUGUAUACACACACACACACACACGCACACACACGCACGGGCAGGAAUGCUUGCGGGCCAUUUGCAAGUUAGCUGCAGCGUUUCGACUUCUAUACGUUAUGCAGUAUAGAAAUACCGGUACGCUGCUAACUUCAGACGACCAAGUAUUCCUGUCCGCGCGUGUUGUGUACUUCGCGCACGAGAGAGCUGUCGAAUUUCAUUUGUAUACUGCCGAUCAAGUGCGAUCACGCGCCGCACUUGUUAUUCGAGGCGCGGAGAGUGUACGAAAGUGCAAUUGGGGAGCGGCAGGUGUAGAGCGUCGGUGUAGUGGCCGCGGUCGGUGCCCCGUUGACCGCGCGAUCCUCGAAUUCGAUUUGCCGUUUGGGACACGCCAUUACGUUAAUUCGCGAGAGCACGCGGAUGUCCGGAGUAUUAUCGUUCUCUUCUCCCAUUAUCUCAUUCUUCUUCUCACCAACGAAAUGCGAGAACAGAUCAGGUCGCGUUACGCAGUGUCGGGAGUGUCGUGUAAAAUCGCGCGAUAUUAUCGCAAAUUGUGCAGUGGAAUAUGAGAGGAGGAGGGGGCCUGAGAGGAGGAGGGGGCCUGGGAGGUGUCGGGCAACAGCGGAGCGACCCACAGGAUUUACUUACGUACUACGACUCCGCUGUUGCACAUCACUAUCGGAAUCUCCGUUCUAAUGUGCAGCACUAGCCACUGACGAUUUCGACGUAGGCGCGAAGUACAACGAUGUAGCACGGUUUCUCGCGGAACGACCUGUUGAUGAAGUAUGGGUUGGUUCUUCCUUGCCAGUAUUUUGUUGCUCUCCUUAUGCGGGUGCUGCGAAACUGUCAAUCACAUUUUUCGCAAACCUGACGCGGCGGGAGCGCCGGUGCCACAGAGUGGAAGCGGGAGCCACGGUCAACCGCAGGCUGGUUCGUCGCUGAGCACCCCGGGCCCCGGCGGCGGUGGUUCUACCGGUGGUGCUACCGGAAGCGGCGGCGGCGGCGGCAGCGGCAGCGGCGGUGGUGAAACUACCGGUUUCUCCACCGGCACAUCCGGAGCCGCCCCGGCUGCCUCUUUCGGUACUACCGGUGGGACCAUCGGCGGUGGAUCGACCGGCGGUGGAGCCGGCGGCGGUGCCGCUGCUUCCGGUACCGGCUCUAAGGGGCCCGCUCGUCGUGGCCGAGGUUGGCGCGAUUGGCGUCGCGGCGAUCCAACCCUCAUAAAGGGCCUGUGGAAGUCAAAGGGUCCUCUAGAUUCGCUAGGGAAGGCGGAGAUCUACAUCAUCCUGGCACUUCUGAUCGGCUUCCUGACCGUGGUGUUCGGCUGCUGGCUGUCCGACAACUGCUGGUCACCCGAGCCCGAGGGGGUGGUCACUCUCGCAUAGCCUAGUGCCGACUUCCGUUCCUCCAGGCGAUAACAACUACUACGACGCCCCUCCUACAGGAUUCUUCAGGACUUCGGCCGCCACGUGACGGCGGCGGACCCGGUGGCACCCGGCAACCCGGUCGGCGGCAACAAUCAUCGGCCGUUGCUCGACAUCAACGACAAUGACACGCUGCUGCGCGUGUGAGCCGCGAGCUCCGAGAGGUAGCCGCAGCGGAUAGCCUGGACGGCUCGCGGGUGCGCCCGAUCGACGGGCAACCGCGAGCCGGCCAGCCCUGCGACGUUCCUUAUUUUGCGACGGACGAGCGGGAUCGGUUCUUGAGCGCGCGAGAAGAGACGAGAGCCCAGGGUGGUAGGAAAUGAAUGAAAUAAAGAAAUAGAUGUGUGCGACGCGGUUGCGAAAAAAAUUGCGCAAAACUCCAAGUCCGCAACAGCGCGAAAUUUGCCUGUCACUUCCGCAAUGACGGCCGAAAAAACGUGUUGACGUGUUGAAUUAAAAUUGCUUGAGCUAACAAGAGGAUAUAACAUGUUACAAAUGUUUCGCGUCGUUAUGUAAAACAAAAAAAAGAAAAACAACGAGGGAAGAGAUAUCUUGAUCUUCGAACGCCGACAAUUCCGUUAUACAUAUUUAAUUAAUCGUUAAUUUGAUUAAUACCCAAUUAAUCGGGCAUAAAUUAAUUGCGCGCAUUGUUACGGAGUACCACGCGACGAAUGUCAACCGGGGGCUUGUUACCGUUUGUUACGCAAGCGAUCAAGCGGCAGGCUCUCAGAGUUUUGCAGAUAAUUGAUUUCGCUUGAAGGAUGGCCCGACGAAUAAGACGCCGAAAGAGGAGAAGAUCUCCGCUAGGUGAAACAUCUCGAAUAUUCAUUUUCCCAUUUACAAUACAAAAACGCCAUUUGUCAUAUAACAACACGUCGAAAAUAUAUACGAAUGAAAUCAACAUAUUCUCAGUCCAUCUUUUACUUCUUUUGCUAUCAUCAGGAACACUCGCCGACCAUUCAAACUCCCAAGCACGCGACCCCGAAGAAUUCGUUCCCAAUUUAUCGCGCGGGCAGAGAGGGAGGGAAGAGGGAGGAGGGUGGAGGGAGAAGCUCGCCUUUACGACCGGCGGGAUUGCGUUUUCCAAUUUCAAGGUGAGGUAAAGUUCGAGAGGCUCCAUCUCUCCCUCCUCCCCCCUCCCUCCUUACGGUUCCGGACGUCCGGUCGUGAAAUCCGAUCGGGCGGGGUCCAUGGGGUUUGCCGAUGCCAACCGGAGUUCUCGUAUUGCGAUAAUACGUAAAGCUGCCACGCUGCAUCGGACGGCGACAUGCCCCGUGGCCUGAACUUCGUUGCGGCCACCCCUCGCAACUUCAUUAAAGCGCGCAUCGAAACGGACACCGAUGUAUGCAUGCCGUGCAUGCAUGCAGCCGUGGAUAACGACUUCGCCCGCAUGUCUUAAUCAUCAUGUUGCACGUCCACGGCACAACGACGUCGUCGACCGCGAACCCGGCGGGGCCGGCUCUGCGCUCUGGUCCGUAGUUAACUUAACGGUGAACUCCUCUGGCCCGGGGAGUUCCCGUUUGGCGUCCCCACUCUCGAAAUUCGACGCCGCUCUAUAUUAAUUUCGAUCUCCUCCCAUCGGUAAUUAAAUCGCUUCGUUAUCUAACAUAUCGUAUCGUUAGGAGAUUGCUUUUUCUCUUUGUGCGCAUCGUCGUCGGUGAAAUUCGACGACGGGCCCUCGGUAACUUAAUAUUUUCGAAACUUUAAUGGAAAACGUGACAACUGUAACAUUUUUUUAGUGACAAUUCGAAAUUUUCUAGCAAUUGUGAAAAAUUCUUAUAUCGGAUGGAUCGUUAGAAAUGUUACAAUAUCAAAAAUAUCAAAAAA